AUGUGUUUCUUUGUGGAUAACACAGUGACAGACCGAGACAGUGGUGCCGUAGAUCCACAAGUGAUUCAUCUUCGACAGAAGACAGAAGAGGUGGCUCACAAGGUGGCUCGACAUGACAGACUGCCCAUCAGAUGGCUCAAGUAUGAGCAGAAGGUACAAGAAAUGAAGGUUUCCCAUCCAACAAAGAAGACUACAAAUGUUCCUGAAUUACUGCAGCUUGCCAUGAAUGCUGCAGGAAUUAAAAGUCGGGAGGAGCUGUUGGUGUUGCUGCAGUAUUUGAGUUGUCGUGCAGUAUUAAUGUAUCAUCCCAAGGCAUUAAAGAGUGGCGAUGAUGAAGAAGUUGUGUUAGAUGUCGAAUGGUUUGUAUCACAGCUGCAGAAAGUAAUCACAAUAUACAUGGAAGGUGAUGUUCCUCCCAUUUUAUGGAAUGAUGUUAAACGCAGUAAAGAGAAAGGCAUUAUGACAAUGUCUCUUGUGAGACAUCUUUUGUCAGAUGCCGGUUCUGCUCAACAUCUCAUUGUGUCACUGAUGAGGCACUAUGAUUUGCUCUGCGAGUAUUCUGUUAUUGAAGAGGAGAAUCUGAAGACAGCAAGUGAUUACCAGGAUUUUCUCACUCUGGAAGGAGGAGGUGAAUCACAUUGUCAAGAGAAGCAAGAUGUGUUUGAGAGUACGGCUUGCUUCAUUCCUAGCCUCAUGGAGCAAGCAGUUGGUCUUGAAUCAGUUAAGAUGAAUGAUGGGCUGAAGUCAGUACCUCUUAUCUUGUCAUCUGCUCCCAUUCGCAUUCCUCAGCCAUUAUUCUACAGAGUACUGACUCUUUUGUGUAAACGUUUUCGUCGCUUAGCAGUUAUUUUUCGCAAUGUGGGCUACUUUCACAUCUAUCCUGGUCAUCGACUGGAGUUGGCUCUCAACAGAUACAAUUUUCAAAUGACUGUGUUGUCAGAAACACAUACAUCUCUCAAUGCCAAGGUGUGUGUUGCUGUUCGUGAGUGGAUUGUGGAUGUUGUUGACAAGGCAAAACAGCAAGGAAUGCCGGGAUUGAAGUUGCAGUUGGGAUUUGAAUGGGAUGUGUCUACAUCCACAUUGAAGUCAUCUAACAUUGAGUUUGUCUCUCUGGAUGGAUAUCAACAGUCUCGUUUUUUGCUCUACAGCAAUGUUACAAAACGAGAGGUUCAACCACCUUCCAGACUCUCUCUUUGGUAUCCACAACUUGAAUGCUCUCAAACUGAAAUGAUGUCAACAGCUUGUGCUUCUCGAAUAAAACAACAUGAUACUGUAAGCUGUGAGACACCAGUGGAGUCUCUCAUUGAUAAACCAACUGCAAGUUGCUUGCUGGAAGUGUCCAAACUUCUAGAUGAUGAAGAUGCUUUAGGAGACGACUGGAGGAGAUUAUGGUCGGAGCUCUUAAGCAGACCUCUUAAUGAAGAUGUAGUGAAGAAGAAAAGUGAGAGUCCUACUCUUUUUCUGCUAAAGCGAUGGUGCAGCAUGAAACCUCCCGGUGAAGCUACAAUAGGACGGCUGAUGAAGGCUCUCAAUGCAAUAUAUAGAAAUAAUGUUGCUCGUGUACUACAAAGACACGUAGAUAUACUACAGCAAGAUGUGACACCUGAGGAGUUAAAUCAUCUUGCUGACAUGAUAGAAGGAUGUUGGCAGGAGUUUGCUGCAGUUCUUGCACCCAACCUGUUUAAAGUUACAGGAAAAAUUGCUGCCAUAAAACAUGAUUAUCCUUCUUCUGCACUCCAAGCUAAAGCUAUGCUAGAAAUUUGGUGUGACCAACUUGGUGCUAAAGCCCAACGGCACUUACUUAUUGGUGCAUUAAUUCAACGAGGACUAAGAUCUCAUGCAGAGGCUGUGUUUGGAGUAGAAGGUGUGGAGGAGAUGUUGAAAGAGACACAUACACCUCUUAAUUCCAAGGUGGGUGUUACUGUUCGUGAGUGGAUUGUGGAUGCUGUUGACAAGGCAAAACAACAAGGAAUGUCAGGAUUGAAGUUGCAAUUGGGAUUUGAAUGGGAUGUGUCUAUGUUCACAUUCAAGUCGUCUGACAUAGAGUUCAUAUCUUUAGAUGGAUAUCAACAUCCUAGCUUCAGCUCUACAGCAGUGUGA